CAAAACCUUCGAAGUAGAAGAUAGAAGAGUGAGAGCAGCAAGCAAAAGAGAAACAUGGAGGGAAUACGGUCUAGCAGCGUUUUAAGCUGUUACUACUCUUCUAAAACCCAUUUCAAAUUACGCCGUCAACCGUUGGAACAUUGCUUUUUGAGCUUGCCGCCACCGCCGCCGCCGCCUCGGCACCCUGCAAGCCGCCCCAAAGUUCGAAUUUCACUCCCUUCCAUGGCCCUUCAGGUCCAAGACCAUCAAUCUUUUCAUAAAUCCAAAGAAAUGCUGCCAAAAAUAGACAAAAGUGGCCGCUUUUGCAGUCCCAGAGCCGCCCGGGAGCUUGCUUUAUUAAUAGUUUAUGCCUCGUGUUUGCAAGGGUCGGACCCUAUUAGGCUGUUUGAGAAGCGAAUUAAUGCAGCCAGAGAACCUGGCUAUGAAUUUGACAAGGCUUCGUUAUUGCAAUACAACCACAUGAGCUUUGGAGGGCCUCCGGUCACUACACAUUCUGUUGAAGAAGCAGAUGAGCUUUUACGCAGCGAUGAGCAGGACUCCGCCAUUGAGGCAGAAGUUCUUUCAGCUCCUCCAAAGUUGGUGUAUAGCAAGCUUCUUUUGAGUUUCACAAGGAAGCUUUUGGUUGCAACUGUGGACAAAUGGGACAAUCAUGUUCUUGCUAUUGAUAAAGUUGUGCCAUCAAAUUGGAAGAAUGAGCCAGCUGGUAGGAUUUUGGAGCUUAGUAUUCUUCACUUAGCAAUGUCAGAGAUAACCGUUCUCGGAACCCGGCACCCAAUCGUCAUUAACGAGGCUGUUGAUCUUGCGAAUCGAUUUUGUGAUGGGGCGGCUCCACGAAUAAUCAACGGGUGCCUACGGACCUUUGUGAAGGAUCUUGCCGGGACCAGCACGGCUCAGACCUCAAACUCAAAACUGGAAGUGCCACUUCAAGUAUGAAAGUUAGUUCAUUUAAGGCUAUUUCUUGCUUCUUAUUGAUCUCUGGGUUGCGACAUCACUAUGGUUUAGUCUCUGAGUAGUGUAAUCUUCAGCUCAUUUGAGUGCUUCUAAGGUGACUUGAGUUAUAGCAUAGAAAGAUGCAGAGAAUUAAAAAAACAGAUAAAUUGUGGCAAUGAUCAAAAUAUUUGACAGCUGAAGAAUUUUGUAUAUGAUUAUGCUGUAGUUAGAAUCUUUAUAUGUAAAACAUAAAAUGUUCUGAAAUAUCAUUCUUAAAAAUGUUACUCAGAA